AGAGGGCACAAAACUAUUGAUUUAGCAAAAAUACGGAAGGAAAUAACCUGUAAUGGACAAGUGGAUCUGUCUGUCAGCUCCACGUGUUAUGGCGUGUUACUGCAGCAAGGAAAGUGGAGACUGAUGCUUCUUAAACAGCUAAAAACAGUUUUAGCUUUUAACAGUCAGUUACUGAAACUAAACGCUAUCGUCUUUCUCUCAAGCCGUUUGUCUUCACAAACCACCAUGAAGUACAUCCUGGUAACCGGUGGUGUCAUAUCUGGUAUUGGCAAAGGAAUCAUUGCCAGCAGCGUGGGAAUAAUCCUCAAGUCCUGCGGCCUUCACGUCACAGCCAUCAAAAUCGACCCGUAUAUCAAUAUUGAUGCGGGCACCUUCUCACCUUAUGAACAUGGUGAAGUUUUUGUUCUCGAUGACGGCGGGGAAGUGGAUCUGGACUUGGGGAACUAUGAGCGUUUCCUGGACAUCCGUCUUACCAGAGACAACAACCUCACGACUGGAAAGAUCUACCAGUCCGUCAUCAACAAGGAGAGGAGGGGAGACUACCUGGGCAAGACUGUACAGGUGGUACCCCACAUCACGGAUGCCAUCCAGGAGUGGGUGAUGAAGCAGGCCAAGAUCUCAGUCGAUGAUGACGGAGUGGAGCCACAAGUUUGUGUCAUUGAGCUGGGAGGCACAGUGGGGGACAUCGAGAGUAUGCCCUUCAUCGAGGCCUUCAGACAGUUCCAGUUCAAGGUGAAGAGGGAGAACUUCUGCAACAUCCACGUCAGCUUGAUACCACAGCCCAAUACCACAGGAGAGCAGAAAACCAAACCGACCCAGAACAGUGUCCGAGAGCUCAGAGGCCUGGGCUUGUCUCCAGAUUUAAUUAUGUGCCGCUGUUCAACACCCCUCGAAACGUCUGUCAAGGAGAAGAUCUCCAUGUUCUGCCAUGUGGAGCCCUCGCAGGUGAUCUGUGUCCAUGACGUCUCCUCGCUCUACAAAGUGCCGCUGCUGCUGGAGGACCAAGGAGUGGUGAGCUACCUCUGUCAGAGACUGAGUCUACCCAUCGAGGUGAGGCCCAGGAAGAUGCUCACAAAGUGGAAGGAGAUGGCUGACAGAACUGCCCGUCUCUUGGAGCCAGUCUCCAUAGCUCUGGUGGGGAAAUACACAAAAUUAGCUGACUCCUACACGUCCGUUAUCAAGGCCUUAGAGCACUCAGCCCUCAUUGUGAAUCACAAACUAGAAGUCAAGUACAUAGACUCUGCUGACCUGGAGGCUGCCACUCAGAGGGAUGAGCCUGUGAAAUAUCAUGAAGCCUGGCAGAAACUCUGCAGCUCUCAUGGCGUGUUGGUACCAGGAGGUUUUGGUGUGAGAGGGACAGAAGGCAAGAUGCACGCUAUUAACUGGGCGAGGAAAGAGAACAAGCCAUUCCUGGGAGUGUGUUUGGGCAUGCAGCUGGCGGUGUGUGAGUUCGCCCGCAAUAUCCUCGGAUGGGAAGAUGCCAACUCGACAGAAUUUAAUCCAGAGUCCAGUCACCCCGUAGUGAUUGACAUGCCAGAGCACAACCCAGGGCAGAUGGGCGGGACUAUGAGGCUGGGGAAGAGGCGGACUAUGUUCAAAUCCAACAACAGCGUAAUGAGAAAACUGUACGGAGAUGUGGAAUAUGUUGACGAGAGGCACAGGCACAGAUUUGAGGUGAACCCUGAGCUCAAGCACCACUUUGAAGAAAAGGGUCUUCAGUUUGUCGGCCAGGAUGUGGAAGGAGAGCGAAUGGAGAUCAUUGAAUUGGAGAAUCAUUGUUUCUUUGUGGGAGUGCAGUACCACCCAGAGUUCACCUCCAGACCCAUGAAACCUUCUCCUCCGUACUUCGGUCUCCUGCUGGCUGCGGCAGGGAAACUCCCGAGCUACCUGGCCAAGGGCUGCCGUCUGUCUCCACGGGACACGUACAGCGACCGCAGCGACAGCAGCUCUCCUGAACCAGACCUCUCGGAUCUCAAGUUCCUCUCUCUGUCCUGAGAGCCAGCGUGGGAAGCUGUGAGUUCCUGUGUCACUCAGGCAGAGGAAAGGCUGGACUGUUAUUAACUAUUUAUACCUUCUGAUCGGAACGAUAUGUUACAUAAUAAUGUAUACACUCAAAUAUAUUAAGCUUGUAUUGGAUGUGUAUACUGUAGGGGUUUCAUGCUGUCUACGCUGUGGGGGUUUGCAGUUGCUUUCAUAAGCAGAAGCUGAGGUGAAGUGUGUGUAUAGGGAACUGAAAGGAAACACAUUUUUGAAUACCUGUACAAAUAUAUAUUUGUCGAAUGGGAAGAGAGAAACACGGACAUCAGCAUCAGCUUGAUUGUCUACAGUCGGCACAUUUUAAAUCGUAAAGCUUGAGAGAAAGUUGACAUGGAUAUUAUAUGUUGUUUCUGUUAAGAAUAGAAACUUAGGAAAAAGUUUGAAAAAGCCGAUCAUUUAUUAAUUUGCACCAGCGAGAAAGAGUCAGGGUUCCAGUUCGAACAUCUGUCCUUUAAUUCAAUCAAAUGUAUGAAAACACUCAUAAGAAACAUGUAUUGUACAAUCGUUGUGUUUGUAUAGUCAAAAUAACAUUUAAACAUUUACUUCUUUGAACAAUGUCUGUUACUGUGUGUCUUGCAAUUAUAUGUGAUGUAUUUCUUCUUGCAUGUCAUAUCUCUCAUUCAGAGUUUCCACACAACAGUGAGUAGGCUUUAUGCCAUUAUGGUUUCAAAUAGUCUGGCACUGUAACUCAAGACUGAGAUUAAACGUGUUCACAAAGUUAUGUUUAGGUGACUUUGGGGUCUAUAUUUGUUUUUGUUGUAUUAAAGUGAAUUGUUUAGACAUCAGCAAAUCCAUUCAAAGCCUUUGUAAUGGGUCGUGCACUUUAGGGUGUUAUUUCUUCAAGGUUUCUCACCUUCAACUUGAACUCACCGCUCCUGCUUGCAUGACUUUUAUGUUAGAGCUUGCUGACACACAAAGGCUUUGAACUCCAUUGCCUUUUACAGAGCGUACUAAACUGACUUAGUUAUCUGAAGAUCAGGUCCACUUAAAGUGACCUGUUGAGUCAGCCGUUUUAACAGAAUAAAGAAGGCUUGGAUAUGAGAUCUGAGAUCUGACGCUUUAAAACUGAUAGAGAAACCUAAAGAUCUGAUUUCAAAGCAUCCCCAACAGCCAACUUUAGAAGAGGUCACAUUUUCACUUGGAGUCUUGUCGAAUGUAAUGAGCCUGAAUAUCUAAAUCAUUGCUGCCAAUGCUAAAUCUGUUGGUGACCCAAAUGAAAACAUGCUGUAUUUUUAUAUGAAGCUCAGAUGCAUGUGUGAUUGUGUGUUCAUUCUGAAUAAAUAUAUUUAUAUUCCUCUCGACAA